AUGAGCCCGUCCCGCCCCGCCCCGCCCCACGGGUUCUGUUCUGUCUCCGGCCGCUUGCCCGCGCGCGCCCUCCGUGGAAGACCGGAAAAAGGCCAUUCCCGCGCGCGCGCCUGCCGAGGACCGCCGAAAAGGCUCGCGGAAGGGUGCGGCGUGGGGAGGCGGGAGACGGACGGACAGCAGCGCAGCGGGAUCCUACAGCCCGCCGCCCACACCCGCCCGCCAGCUCCCCUCACCCGGGCCCACUCCAGAGAAGAAAGGACCUUUGCACGGGUGCCGCGCCGCCACUCACCAAAGGCAACUGAGGGCCGAACAGAGACCAGAAGAACGAGGCUGAGGCAGGCUCGAGCCACGAUCGCACAACUCAGGACGGCAAUACCGGGAACAGCACGGAGGGACUCUCAACCCACUCGUGAAGCAGCCGCGGGCGCCUCAGCAGGCGAGAGAAGAAAACGCGCAGUGCGCGCCGGCGGCCAUCAUCUAGCGAGCACGCCGCCGGCUCCUAUUUAUAGCCCGUUCCGCGCCCCACGUGACCUGCCGAGCCUCGCGCCCGCCCGAAGUCCCGCCUCUGAUAUGACGCAACCACAGGAUGGCCGGGCGCGCCUAGCCGGGUGAGCUGGGAAGCGGCGCUGAUUGGCCGGGAUGUUCCGGAGGCCCCGCCCCCAAAGAGGAGCUGGUCCACGUGGGACUGGCCAGCCGCCUCCCUGCAGCCUCGCCCCGGUUAUCCUGUCUGCGCUGGCCACGCCGGGUGGCUGCGGGCGGGGACUGUGGGAGAGUCUCGCCCAGGCACGCAGGUCCUCACGCGGGGACUCAGAGGCCGCCACCAAGGUCGUUCCGAGUUUCUCCCACGCGGGCCCGGGUCAGCUCUGUGGCGACGCGGAAGAGCGCGUGUACUGGGACUUGCCCUUGGCCGGACCCGAUCUCUUCCUCGCCCGGAGGGGGUGGAGGGAUCUCACGUGGCCACCUCGCUCCCGCAGUCACGCACUUGGGUGAAAACGGAAAGAUUCAGUAGUCACGAGGACAGGCUUGCGUUCCCAGCUGUGGCACUGCACUGAGGGAGAGCCAUGGGUCAUUAGUUUCCCCGCGGCGGACCUGCUCUUUAGGAGCCCCGGCUGUGGCGCAGCGGGGAGGAUGUUACUUCGGAUUCGAAUUCUUAACUCAUAUUUGCUGCAGUGUGUCACCUUGAGCAAACCCUAGGCCUCUCAAACCGAGUGCUCGGGAACGUGAAAUACUAGCAGUGGGAGAGGAGACUGGAGGACGGGUUGGGAUUGUGUGUAAAGCACAACAAAGAUGCAUUUCCUGUCUGGCUCAUCGGGGCUUGUGGCGACAGGCAGUACUAAUUCAGGUAUUCUGGUUACAAGUUCUUACCCAGUAAGGAGAAUUAUAUUAGCUAAGAUGUAAGCAUGUGACUGGAAUUCAAUAGAUGUUCAGGAAAUGAACGUUCGUUUCCUCGUUACUUUUUUUUUUUUCUGAAUGUGCCUAUUUUAGAUUAUAGGAAAAGGUUAGAGAGGAUGUCCUCUUCUCAUCCUGAAAGUUUUCCCGUUCUUCUGAAAUAACGAUUGCUUCCUGGUCCCCUAUAUGGUAUACGGUGUAGUUCUGACAUUAAAUUUUAGUUAUGCACA